CAAACACAAAAAGGAAGAAAUAUAUCAUAUAUAGAGAGAGAAAGAAGCACAACAGUGGCAGAACCGUAAAUAAAAGAUGUCCAAAGAUUGCGGCAACCACGGUGGUGGCAAAGAAGCAGCCGUCCGGCGAAUCUGCGCCGCCGUUAUAGCCUUCAUCAUAAUAGUUCUAAUCACCAUCUUUCUAGUAUGGGUCAUACUCAGGCCAACUAAGCCAAGAUUCAUCCUCCAAGACGCCACCGUCUUCGCCUUCAACCUCUCGCAACCAAACCUCCUCACCACAAACUUUCAGAUCACAUUCGCAUCUCGUAACCCUAACUCCAAGAUCGGUAUCUACUACGACCGUCUCCACGUCUACGCUACGUACCGUAACCAGCAGAUAACUCUCAGGACAGCGAUCCCUCCGACGUACCAAGGCCACAAAGAAGACAACGUCUGGUCUCCGUUUGUUUACGGAACCGCUGUUCCGAUCGCACCGUACAACUCCGUCGCUUUGGGAGACGAGCAAGGUCAUGGACUCGUUCAGUUAAUGAUACGUGCCGAUGGGCGCGUGAGGUGGAAAGUAGGGACGUUGAUCACCGGAAAAUAUCAUAUCCAUGUUCGGUGUCCGGCUCUCAUCAAUCUUGGGAACAAAGCUGCUGGUGUUAUUGUCGGUGAUAACGCCGUUAAGUAUACGUUGGUUACUAAAUGUAGUGUGAACGUUUAGAACUUUGACGCCGUUAAGUUGCUUCUAUCUUCUUUUUUAUUAUUAUUAUAUAUAAUCAAAUCAUUUUCUAUUUAC